CAUUAAAUUAUUGAAGCACAAAGUUUGCAUUCAUUUGGAGAUGGAAGUGGAAAUCAUUUCAAGAGAAAUCAUAAGGUCAGGAGCCUUCCAGAGGGACCAACACCAAAAAUCUUUCCAUCUUUCACUUCUCGACAUUUAUAUUCAUGGAAUCGAAGUUUACACUCCCAUCAUCCUCUUCUACAGCACCAACAAGAAUCAAAGUAAUAAUAAUGAAAAUACAAUUUCUAGUUUAAAGCUGUCUCUGUCUGAAACAUUGGCUCGCUUCCCCAUGCUUGCUGGAAGAAUCAAAGGCAAUUUUGUGCAUUAUUGUUCCUCCAAUAAUGGCGCUCUCUUUGUUGAGGCCUCAGUCAAAGCUUCCAUGGCUGAUUUUCUCAGAAAUCCAAGCCCUGAGUUUCUUGCGAAGCUCCUUCCUUUCCCUGAUUUGUAUUCCACGGAGCCGUUGGAGACGGCUGUCCAGGUUGCGGUUCAAGUUAACUUUUUCUCGUGCGGUACUGGAAUUGCAAUGGGCUUUUCUUUCUUACACAAAAUUAUAGAUGGAACCACCAUGAGUGCCUUCAUAAAAUCUUGGGCUGCAUUAGAGAAAUUAGCAUGUGGGAGUUAUGAGGCCUCUUCUUCACUUUUCCCAGCAAAAGAAAUAUCAGCGAAUAACAAUGAUUUGGUGUUCCCAAAAAGUCCAUUUUUAGAGGCACAACCAAAACAUUGCUCUAUAAAAAGGUUUGUUUUUGAUGCUAUGGCAGUCUCAAAUCUCAAAGUUAGAGCCAAAUCUCAAAUUGUUUCCAAUCCAACGAGCGUUGAAGCUGUAACUUGCUUUAUUUGGAAGCAUGCAAUGAAAGCUGCAUCAACAUUUAAAUCAUUAGAUAAGAAAGAAGUUAUUGGAAAUGGUGAGAAGGGAAGUUGUGUUGAUACAAAAUCGGGGUCGCUUUUAGUUCAUACCCUUAACAUGCGUAGAAGAAUACAACCACCAUUGUCAGAAUAUGAUGUUGGCAACAUUUUUUGGACAAGUCGUGCUUAUUAUGAAGCAUCAAACACAAACAUAAAUUUGGGUGAUCUCGAAACUAUAUUGAGACAAUCGUUCCUCGAAAUAACCAAUGAUUUUAUACCUAAAGCAACGGGAGACGAUGGAUUUGAAACUAUUUUGAGUUCAUUACACCAAUUACAUGAGUCUUAUGCAAAGGCUUCCGAGUCAUAUGCAUUCUCGAGCUGGUGUAACAUGGGUUUAAAUAGAGUGAAUUUUGGAUGGGAUAAGCCUAUAUGGAUUGCAAUUGGAACAAAAGCUAAUGAGUCGCCGGUGAAUAUGAUUCUGUUGAUGGACAGAGCAUCGGGUGAAGGAAUAGAAGCAUGGAUUACUUUGGAUGACAAAACAAUGAACUUGUUAGAAAAUGACUAUGAGUUUCUUGAGUUUGCUUCCCCCAACCCAAGCAUCACACUCGAUUAAAAUCUCAUAAUGGUACUAUUACUUAUGUUUUAAUUGAGUCGUUGAGCAAUA